AUUGAAUCCCACCACCCCCAUCUCCACCACCCUCAGCCCCACUCCUCUCUCUCUCUCUCUCUCUCUCUCUCUCCACCUAAAAGGGUACGCCCAAACACACACACCCUACUCCAUUUCCUCUUAAAACUCAUCCCCACCACCACCAUGGCACACCACACCACCCACCGGCGCAACUUAGCAGCUCUAGACCCCCCAAAGACAUCCAUGGAUCCCACACACAAAAAGCAACCCAAAUCGAACUCUACCCCCUUCACCACCACCACCACUACCACCAAACCCAAGCACCCAACAGACCUAGAUCCCACUAUUGCCUCCUCAACCACCAUCCACAACAUCUCCAAACAAUUUUCAAAGCUAUACACAAAUCAUCAACGCAGCUUAAAAAGACCAAACCCUCCUUCAAAACCCCAAAUUGACAAUACCCAUUUCCAAGCAAAACCCAUGUCUGUUUCUGCAAUUGAAGACACCUCUACCAAACCCACCUCCAAAUCAAACUACCCAAUUAGAAAAACUGUGGCUGAGAUUGAAAAGGAUAAGCUAAGGGUUGCAAUUACAGGGGUCAUAGUCAAGAAAUCAGCAAAGAAAGAGAGGGCAAAGAAGGAAUUUCAUGAGGAGCAUGAUACAAAGAGACCAUCUGUUUCACUCUCAAAGAGUCAUAAUAGUGGAUUGAAGAUUGCUCAUGAAGGGGAUGAUUUGAAAAAACCACCAUUUUCACUGGCUGUGAGUGGUGGUAUGCGGAGGUCUUUUUGUAAUCCUCAGGCUGAGUUGGUUGAUUUCUUCAGCUGUUCUGGUGUGAAAGUGGUCUCUGUUGAUAUGCCACCAUUCAUGCAAGUUCAUGCUGUGGAUUGUGCAAGAAAAACCCAUGAUAGCUUGGAAAAGUUCACUUCCAAGACCCUGGCUUUUACUCUCAAGAAGGAAUUUGAUGGGGUUUAUGGACCAGCUUGGCACUGUAUUGUAGGGACUAGUUUUGGGUCUUUUGUGACGCACUCAGUAGGAUUUUUGGAAAGCUCAAAAGCCUUAGCAGAUGUUGUUGUUGGCUUCCUUUGCCAGCUUGUACUUUGGUUUGAGUAGAUGUGAGUGUACAGAUGAUUUUUACAAAUAAGUCACAUAAUGUAAGACUCGACUUUUGUUUCUCGA